CGCAAGCGUCGAGGGCGGGGCGACGGUGCUGUGUGUCGCGGGAGCUGCCAGGACUUGCGGGGGGCCUCUGGUGCCAUGAUCCGGAACGGGCACGGGGCUGGCGGCGCUGCUGGGCUGAAGGGUCCGGGCGGCCAGCGCACCGUGCGGGUGUGGUGCGAUGGCUGCUAUGACAUGGUGCAUUACGGCCACUCCAACCAGCUACGCCAGGCACGGGCCAUGGGGGACUACCUCAUCGUGGGCGUGCAUACUGACGAGGAGAUUGCCAAGCAUAAGGGGCCCCCGGUGUUUACCCAGGAGGAGCGGUACAAGAUGGUACAGGCCAUCAAGUGGGUGGAUGAAGUGGUACCGGCUGCUCCCUACGUCACCACACUGGAGACACUGGACAAGCACAACUGUGACUUCUGCGUUCAUGGCAAUGACAUCACGCUGACAGUAGAUGGCCGAGAUACCUACGAGGAAGUGAAGCAGGCUGGGAGGUACAGAGAGUGCAAACGCACCCAGGGUGUGUCCACCACAGACCUCGUGGGUCGCAUGCUGCUGGUGACCAAGGCCCACCAUAGCAGCCAGGAGAUGUCCUCUGAGUACCGGGAAUAUGCUGACAGUUUUGGCAAGCCCCCUCACCCGACACCUGCCGGGGACACACUUUCCUCAGAAGUCUCCUCCCAGUGCCCCGGGGGGCAGAGCCCCUGGACAGGGGUGUCCCAGUUCCUACAGACAUCCCAGAAGAUCAUCCAGUUUGCUUCUGGGAAGGAGCCCCAGCCCGGGGAGACAGUCAUCUAUGUGGCUGGUGCCUUUGACCUGUUCCACAUCGGGCACGUGGACUUCCUACAGGAGGUGCACAAGCUAGCCAAGAGGCCCUACGUCAUCGCCGGCCUACACUUUGACCAGGAAGUAAACCGGUACAAGGGCAAGAACUACCCCAUCAUGAACCUGCAUGAGCGGACUCUCAGUGUGCUGGCCUGCCGGUAUGUUUCAGAAGUGGUGAUUGGGGCACCGUACUCCGUCACAGCAGAGCUCCUGAAUCAUUUCAAGGUGGACCUGGUGUGUCAUGGGAAGACAGAAAUUGUACCCGACAGGGAUGGGUCUGACCCCUACGAGGAGCCCAAGAGAAGAGGCAUCUUCUGUCAGAUUGACAGUGGCAGUGACCUCACUACAGACCUGAUUGUGCAAAGGAUCAUCAAGAACAGGUUGGAGUACGAAGCACGGAAUCAGAAGAAGGAAGCCAAGGAAUUAGCCUUUCUGGAGGCCCUGAGGCAGCAGGAGGCACAGCCCAGAGGGGAGACUGACUAGCUUCUGACCCGGAGACGUCAUUCACGCCCUUGCCCUGUGCCCACCUCAUCUCUCCCUGCCCUGCUCUGCUUCUGUGUCUUGGUGUCAGCUCACACAAUCCCAAAGGAAACUGGCCUUGCUGAGGGUGCUGUUCCUGCCUGCCUGCAGCAGGCUCUCGGUCCUUUCCACUGAGCUGCUCAGAGAGGGUAGCUAGCCCAGCGGGGCAGCCCCGUGGACAGGACAAGCAGACGGCACCUGUGACUGGAGGAGUGUUACUGUGUCUCCUUGGCAUCCACGGGUUCCAACUGCCACUGUCCCAGUUUGGCUGGGGAUACCCCUCCUGCCUGACUGGAAGCUGCACUUCUGCCCACCGAGCUUUGGUGAAAGGUACAGAGGCUUUGGGGACCUCUGUUCCUGGGCCACCCUGCUCGUGGGCACCCUCUACCUUGGGGCACGUUCUAGCACCCCAUUCCUGACUCCUAGAAGAUGCACUUGCCCAGAUGGCUGGGCCAGCGUGGCUGCCCUCCGCACAGACUUCCUGGUCCUCGUUUGUACCUCAGUGGCUGAUGUAAACCUCUUUGGCUCAACUGAAUAAAGCCUAGUGGGAAGUGCUCGGUGGGCUCCUCGCCCUAGGAAGGAGCAGGAAAUCCAUCCACAUCCA